AUGAGCCAUCCGAGCUCACCAAACACGCAGCGGAUGACGCGGGUACGUGCUGAAGCUUCAGUGCGCACAUUCUCCAUUGGCCACGGAGGUGCCGUACCCGUGCUAGUUUCCGAUGUUCCACAGGUGCGCGAGAGCUGUGUGAUGCACUGCCACUACGGCACGAUGCAAGACAGCAGAAACGUUAUGGUGCGGUCCUCCUCGAUGCCCGAGCCCUCCUCACGUAUGGUAUACGUUCGUAAACAUUCACGGCAGCUUACCGUUGGACAGCAAUCGGCUCGACUCGCCGAGAAAGCGAAGAAGAACUACUUCCACGGAAGCUUCACCUCGGCGCACGGGUCUGUCUUUACCGUACCCAACAAGGCGCAGCAGAUGGCAACGAAUCGGCCGUCGCGUGCGCCGCUAAUGGCGUGCGCGUCGCUGUCUCGAAACACGUCGACUGCACAACGGCGGCCAACAUCUAUCUCUCUCGACGCCUCCCCAGCCGCGUCGGCUAUCAAGAAGACCGUCGCAUCCCCCAUAAAAGCUGGUUCGAGUUCGCGUGAGGACAAUGAAACGGUCACAUCAUUGACGAUAAGGGAGCCGAACUUCCUAGACGGGUCGAUUGUGCUGCCGCGCCGUGCUAUGAGCGCAGAUGCCUGUCUUGGCGGGCGUCAGGGCUUGGACGUGAGUACUUCCUUCAGCAAGCUGCGGCUUUCCAUCAGUGGCACCGAUCUAUCGGUGUCGCAGCUGAGCGAGAUGAAGUUCCGCGAAUCGUCGCCGGACUUCUUGGCGGUGCAGCGUAUGCGCGACCACAGCGCCAAACAGGAGAAGAGGCAGCUGCUGUCCCCCACGACGAUCUCGCGCGCCGUGCGAACUUUGCGCGCUUUCGAGGAACGAAAAAUGCGCAUGGGGGGCGGCGCCUGCUCGAAGGCGCGAGGCGUCCACACCGCCGACGAUGUUGUUUCCGCUCUAGACCGCACACCGUUGGUGCCAGCAGUCAAGAAGAGCGAGACGCCGCUCAUACCGGCAGUAGCGCGUUCUGUGCACAUCAAACCCGAUGCGGAGGGGAGUGUGAUCAAGGAGGCCAUCGCCGGUUUCGACGAGGACGAGGAUGAGAGCUUCGAGUCUUGGGACAGCUUCUCCGUUUUUGGUGCAAUUAUGGACCUCCUCUACCUUGCCGUGCCUGCUGCUGUAUCUAUUUGCUUCACUUUCUCGAUGUCCGUUGUGCCGCUGUCCUUCGUCGGCAGAUACCUUGGCCCAAGUCAGCUCACCGGCGCCUCGGUGGGCUACUUUCUCCUUAGCAUCCUGAUCACGUACCCGUCGAUCGGACUGACCUUUGCGCUCGAUACGCUGUGCUCGCACGAGUACGGGCGAAACCCGUUGAGCCCUGAGAUGGGGCUGGUGCUGCAGCGCGGGGCUCUCAUCAACCUUAUCAUUUUGAUCCCGCUCUGCGUCUGUAUCUACACCCUCGACGGCAUUCUUGUGCCUCUCUAUGGCAAGGUACUGGCGGAGGAGGCAGAGGAAUUUCUCUUCUACUCUCCGCUCUAUCUCAUUCCGAUGGUGCUGUUCAUUGCGAUGAACAAAUUCCUCAACAACCAGAUGCAGCCGCACAUUCCGAUGAUCGCGCUCACUGCCGGCGUCAUUCUUACACCUUUUCUACAGCUAAAGCUGACGCCGAUGGGUGUGCGCUACACAAUGCUCGGGAUGGCCAUCACGGCAUGGUUUCAGCUGGCGAUUGUCAUGGUCAUCACCGUUCUAAAGCGUGAGACACGCAUCACGCUGGGGAAGUGGCGCAUCGCAGAAGCGCUGGACUGGGCAGACGUCAAGGAAUACAUGAAGCUAGCCGUCCCCAGCGCCAUCUUUGUGGCCGCCGAAGCGUCGUCUUUCGACGUCACGGUGCUCAUGUGUGCCCGCUUCGGUGAGGUAGACGGUGCUGUCUGGUCCGGCAUUAUGAACUGCCUCUUCAUCUUCGCCUCCUUCCCGGGUGGCCUCAGCGCCAGUGCAUGUGCCAACAUUGGCCGCUGCAUCGGUGCCUAUGAACCGGCCAGCGCGAAGCGUUUUGUUUGUAUGUCGAUCCUCAUUACUUUUGCUGUCGGUCUCGUUGACUCCGCGCUGUUGGUGGCCUUCUUUGACCGGCUCAUGUCGCUCUUCGGCACCGAAGGCAAGACGCUGGAGCUGGCGCGCGAGGUGCUCUACCUCCUCCCCAUCCUCCACGUGUGCGACGCAGUGCAGUUCACCUUUCAGGGCAUCUUUAGCGGCAUGGGGAAAAACUACGUCGGCGCGUUGAUUCUCCUCACGAGCCUGUGGGGAGUUGGCGUCCCGCUCGCUUUCUUUCUCGGUGAAUACCUUGGCUAUCGAACGUUCGGCGUCUGUGUCGGUAUAACGGUCGGCUUGUGCAUCGAGGCACCUGUGAUGGUGUACUCGGCAUCCAACACGAACUACGUAGCGGUGUGCGAGAAAUUCAUGGAGGACGAAGAGGACGAAGAGACAGAGGAGUCGGAAGAGAGUGAGGAGUACGACGACGAGUACGUCGAGGAGGUGAUGCGGCGCUCUGGCAUAUCCAUGAACAGCGCGGAGCUGACGGAGAGCAACCCAGAACACUAUCGCAAGCUUUUGCCGCCCCGUCGCUGUGGCCGUCCGCGGCGGGUUGUAGAGUACCAGGAUGAGGACGACUAA